GAGCGGAGGUCGAAGGUUGCGCAUGCGUGCUUGGUUUCCUUUUCACUUUGGCGAAGUUUAAAAAAAGUAAACAAGUCUUGGGAAUGACACAAGUUGACACAAGUAGCCUUUCAAAAAUAUGAAGGAGGGUAAAGAAAACACUCGACCCAGGGAGAGGCGAGUAGAAUUAAUGUGCGAGGAUUCAGACAGGACGGAGAAGUCGAAGGAAAAGAAGGAGACCAUGACAAAGAUUGUGAUUAGAAGGCUGCCACCGAGUCUAACUAAAGAGGAGCUAGAGGAGCAGCUGCAGCCUCUUCCUGAAGUCGACUACCUGGAGUUUUUUUCCAAUGACACCAGCCUGUACCCUCACCUCUUUGCGAGGGCUUACAUCAACUUUAAGAACCAAGAGGAUAUCGUCCUGUUCAGGGAUCGCUUCGAUGGCUACGUGUUCAUAGACAACAGAGGACAGGAGUACCCUGCUAUUGUUGAGUUUGCACCUUUUCAAAAGACUUCCAAGAAAAGAAGCAAGAAAAAGGACGCCAAGUGUGGAACUAUUAGUGACGAUCCUGAUUACAAGAAGUUCUUAGACUAUUACUCUGGAGACAACGAGAAGUUAACAUCCACGCCUGAGACUCUGCUCGAAGAGAUUGAAGCCAGGUCAAAGGAGCUCAUAGCUAAAAAAACAACUCCUCUGCUGGACUUCCUGAAGAAUAAGCAGAGAAUCAGGGAGGAGAAGAAAGAGGAGAGGAGGCGGCGAGAGCUUGAGCGCAAGCGCCUUCGAGACGAGGAGCGCCGCAAGUGGCGUGAGGAGGAGCGGCGAAAGCGCAAAGGAGCUGAGAAAAUGAAGAAACCGGAAAAUGGCAAGGACCAAGUCAAAGACGAGCCAAAAAUAAAACUGCUGAAGAAGCCAGACAGAGGAGACGAUGCUGACUCGGACAAAAUGAAGGAGAAGUUUAAAAAAACUGAGAGGCCCGGCAAAGAGCAGAGCAGAACCGCUGAGCACAAAAGACGACAAAACAAUGACAUCAAGGACGAAUGCGCAAAGAAGCCAGACGAGGAAGGCCGCAAGGAGCUACGGGAACAUGACGCCGACCGCGACAGGGAGCGCGAGCUGGAGAAGGAGCGCCAACAGAGGGAGAAAGAACGCAUGAGACGGCAAGAGCGACGGAGGAGGAGGGAAAGGCACGACGGCGAGAAUGUCACCAGGAAGUGGGUGGAGGAGGAGGGACCAGCCAACAAGGAGAGGGAGCGGCCACCGGACAAGAAACGGACAGACAAUGCAUCCGAAUCUGACAAGAUGGAGAAGACACAAAAACAAGACAAGAAGGACGACAGUGCCAAGAGAGAACGAUUACGGAACAAAGAUCGUCCUGCUAUCCAGCUGUACCAGCCUGGAGCAAGAAGCCGCAAUCGUCCAGCAGGAGGAGGUGGCGGCGGAGGUGGAGCUGAUGUCAGCUCUGUGGACAGGAAGCCAGACACCGAGAUGAAGAAAUUGGCUGAGAAGGGUGACGACUGAGUGGAUUUCUGCUUGCGUCUUCUUUUCGGUUUGCGACCAGCCAGACUCCUGAGCACCAUGUUGCCUCACCGCCCCCUCUUCCAUGUCUGAGGCUCACGACUGAUUGAUGGUGGAGCCAGGCAGUGCCUCAAAGCGACCCUCUUUGUGGUUUCACUUUGUAGGAAAGCUAAGACUAUGGUUACACAAAACCAUUAAGUGACCUUACCUUUUGAUGGUAUCACUGCAAACGUGUUUUCAUUAUUGCUUACACAAAUUGUUCAUCCAAACAGCAUUGAAAAGCAUAUAAAUGGCAUUCAUGGACUGUGAAUAAACACAGCUCUUGCUACAA